UAUUACAUUUACGCGCGUUAUAUUCGUUGAACAAAAACAACAAAGAUAUUGUAUCAAUUACCAUUAAAUACAAGCGGUUAUUAUGGGAAUUUUAGGACUUUCAAAGCUAAUUGCAGAUUUAGCCCCACAGGCAAUACGCGAGAAUGAACUCAAAAACUUUUUCGGUCGCAAAGUUGCAAUUGAUGCCAGCAUGUGUCUGUAUCAGUUUCUGAUAGCGGUUCGUUCGGAGGGAGCACAACUUGCCACGGUUAAUGGAGAUCCAACCUCACAUUUGAUGGGCAUGUUCUACCGCACUAUUCGCUUGCUCGACAAUGGAAUAAAGCCUGUCUACGUUUUCGAUGGUGCACCACCAGAUCUUAAGUCCGGAGAGCUGGCGAAGCGCGCAGAGCGCCGAGAGGAGGCAGAGAAACAACUGAAAGCAGCUACCGAAGCUGGCGAUCAAACGGAGAUGGACAAAUUCAAUCGUCGGCUGGUGCGUGUUACUAAAGAACACGCAAAGGAAGCCAGGGAUCUGCUCAAGCUGAUGGGCGUGCCAUAUGUAGAGUCUCCAUGCGAAGCAGAGGCGCAGUGCGCAGCGUUAGUUAAAGCUGGGAAAGUAUAUGCAACGGCCACAGAGGAUAUGGAUGCGUUAACUUUUGGCUCCACUAAGCUGCUUCGUUACUUAACCUACAGCGAGGCACGUAAAAUGCCCGUUAGGGAGUUUAGCUACGACAAGGUGCUGCAAGGCCUGGAGCUCACCAGUACUGAGUUUAUAGAUCUCUGCAUACUAAUGGGUUGCGAUUAUUGUGAGAGCAUUAAAGGUGUGGGACCCAAGCGAGCCAUUGAGCUGAUCAAAAGCUAUAGAGAUAUUGAAACCAUAUUGGAGAACAUAGAUACGAGCAAGUAUACGGUGCCGGAGAACUGGAAUUACAAACGCGCCCGUGAACUAUUCAUUGAGCCAGUUGUGGCCGAUGCCAGCGCCAUUGAUUUGAAGUGGGAGGCACCCGAUGAGGAGGGUCUGGUGCAGUUUCUCUGCGGCGAUCGCCAGUUUAACGAGGAGCGCGUACGCAAUGGUGCCAAGAAACUACUAAAGUCCAAGCAGGCACAGACGCAAGUGCGCCUCGAUAGCUUCUUUAAAACAUUGCCUAGCACGCCCAAUGCCAAUGCGGCCAAUGCCAAACGCAAGGCUGAAGAGGCCAAAAAGAGCGCUAACAAUAAGAAGGCCAAAGUUAGUGGCGGCGGUGGUCGUGGCAGGCGGCCCAAGUAAGUAAACUAAAUUGGUCUAAAAAAUUACAAGUUUCU